AUGUUUUUAAUUUUGUACAUACCUACACCACUCCUUCGUCGUUACGCUGAUAGCCAAUGUGUUAUGGAUUUUUCAUUCCCUUGGAUUCAAACAACAGCAUUUCUUGAUUAUAUUGUAUACUCCUGGGUUGUGUUCGCGUACUUUGUGCCAGUUUUAGUUAUGUUGAUCAGUCAUGCAUGGGUCAUACAUAUUAUUAAGAAAUCUCAAUCAUUACGUCAUAGUGAUGCAUCACAAAAUGUGGAGUCUAGUUUGCAAAUUAAGCGUACAGUGAUUCAGUUAGUUAUUACAACAGCAAUAAUGUCAUGUCAACAAGCUAUAUUACACUCAUUUGAAUGCAUAAGUCAAAUAUUAAUCAUAUGUGAAGUUGUGGUUUACACUUAUGGUACUCCGAUUGAACAAAUGGGUACAAUACUUAUAUUGUUUGGAUGUUCUUCUAAUCCAUGUAUUCUUAUCUUCAGCACAACUACACUGAGAAGAUAUUUAUGGUCACUAAUUAAAGGUAAAAAACAAAAAACGUCCAGUAUUGAAACAUACGGGCAAACAGAAUAUAAUCAGCACUGA